AUGAGAGUCAUCAACUUGCAGAUCUCAUCGGAGGCGGAGGCUCUAUCAACGAAGCACCAAUCUUUGUCAUUAUUGGGCUAUCUGAUAGAUGACGAUACUUUAAUGGCGAGUAAAUGUAGAGUUAUCUUCAUAGGAACUGGGCAAUGUAUGCCAGAGUGUUGCACUAUGACAAGAAUUUCUUUGUCAUCCAUUUCCCUCUGCAAGACUGACCUUCUGGUUGUGCUUGAUAAUGGUCCUUAUGCGGUGCAUAACGGUCAUCUCAUCCUCCGACGAUGGACACGAGAUUACUAUGCCUUGGUAGAAGUGCAAAGGAUUCAGGAUGGAUUUCGUAUCACUAUGGCUGAAGAUCAGAGAUUUCAGCCGAUGAACAUUGACCCGCCACCAGAAGUUGAUAAUGAUGGCAAUGACGGGGAUGUCAAUGAUAAUGAUAAUGGAAAUAAAGAUCAUGGAAAUGGUGGUGGAGAUGGAAAUAAUGGUGGCCCUGAUAAUAAUCCUGGAAAUGGGGAGCAAGAAGAUAUGGACCUGGAAGGUGGGACAGAGGAUGAUCAACCUGACGAUCCACUGCCAGGUGGCAUUCAGCCGCCUUUUGAGAAUGGUUUUCAUCAAGCCCCAGAAAAUUCGCCUCCAUCAAGUCGUGAUGAUAGAGGAGUUAGACUAGAAGAGCAGCCAGAGGAGAUGGUAGGAAACAUUGUUCUAUCUCCUAAUCCAAUAGCUGUAGGAUUUGAUGAUAUCCCUGAUUGGUGGAGACCAUGGGGCUUUUUCUGUAAUGCUCAGUCAAACAACUUAGAGAAUGAAGUGAAUCAGGGAUAUAGUCAGGUUAAAGUAAUAGUGAGUGAAACAAUGUUGACAGAAGUGGUUGAUCACCAAGAAGCUGAGUACCAGUUGGAAGAACAAGCAUCUCAGUACUUUAGCAGGAUCCUCAUGCAAGGAGAGAAGAUUAACAAAUUUGAGGAAGACAUCAUCUUGACGUGGCCUCUGAGUAACUCCACUCCAGGAAAUCAAGAUCAAGUUCAAACAGUUCCUAGUGGUUUUUUGAGUGCAGGGUGUAGCAGUGGCAAGCGUACAAGGUGGAUCCCCCAUGCAGGCAGUAAGAAGCUGAAGAAGAUGGGGUGUCAGUUUUCAAGUCAAAAAAGGGAAGGCGAAGAUGUUUCAGCAACAAAUCCAGCAGAAGCAUGGUCAACAAAUGCAUCCAGAAGCCUCAACAGUGAUCAGCUCCAAGGACCCAUAGCACAAGGAGACUCACAGGGUAAAGGGGAUUUCCAAGAAGCGUUGCAGGACAUGUGUAGGUGCAAAGGAGCCAGAGCUGAUGAAUCAAAAGCAAAGGAAGAUGAAGACUGGAAAUGGCACUUUUAA